GCUCAUGGCUCAUUGUCGCACCCGCCGGAGUGUGAGUUAGAGCGUGUGUAUGUGAGUGCGUCUGUCCGUGGGACUCGUAAUAUGUGUCGAGAGAGUGAGGGGAUACUCUUCUAUGUAGGUGACUGAAGCUAAUGUGUUUAAUAACACCAGAGGUCAGAAAGAUAUUUGUCGAAGUAACAAGUUUUGAUCUGAAACCCGCUCCACAAUACCGGCACAGAUGCGAAAGUAGCGGAUUUUGCGAGUAAAACAAAGAUUUGUCAAGGGAACUUCUGUCAAGAGGGGAAGGAAAUAAGCCAGACACGUCAGAAGAGGAUAUUUAUUUGGGGAAAUCGUAAUAUGAAAAAGGAGCAGGUCGAGAUAUUAGGUUUUGUCCCUCAGAAAGAGAUCGUCUACAACAAACUUCUCCCGUACGCAGACAAACUCGACCGCGAAUCCAAUGACAUUUUGGCCCAGAUUAAAGGGAACUUGGGUCGGGCUGUCCAGCUCCGUGAGUUAUGGCCUGGAGUUUUACUUUGGACUCGGAAACUCUCCACAUACCUUCGGCUGUAUGGGAGAAAGUUCAGCAAGGAGGAUCAUGUGCUGUUCAUCAAGCUUCUGUACGAGCUGGUCACCAUCCCCAAGCUAGACAUCAGCAUGAUGCAGAACUUUGCACGACUCCUCAUCAACUUACUGAAGAAGAAAGAACUGCUGUCCCGGGAUGACUUGGAAUUGCCUUGGAGGCCUUUGUACGAUCUCUAUGAAAGUAUCCUGUACUCAAAAACUGAGCAUCUCGGUCUUAACUGGUUUCCAAAUUAUCGAGCAGAAGCCUCAACUAAACAAAAAUUGCUUAAUAUUGUGCACAAGCGCUCAGUGGAGAAUGUGUUGAAGACAGUAGUCAAGAGCUGCAGACUUUAUUUCCCUGAGUCAGCUACACAGGAGAUGCUUGAUGAGUGGCGGCCAUUACUGUGCCCGUUUGAUGUCACUAUGCAGAAGGCCAUAAGCUACUUUGAGCUCUUCUUGCCCACCAUCAUGCCCCCAGAACAGCAUCACAAAGGUUUCAAGUUAUGGUUUGAUGAAAUGAUGGAUCUCUGGGUUUCAGUGCAAAACCUGCCUGCUUGGGAGGGUAAUUUAGUGAAUCUUUUUGCACGUCUGGCUAAUGACAACAUUGGCUAUGUGAACUGGGAUCCAUUCAUUCCCAAGAUCUUCACCAGGGUUCUGCGUAGCUUCAAUCUCCCUGUUGGCACCAGCCAAAUGGUCGUUCCCAGAUAUUUGAGCAACUCCUACGAUAUCGGUCACGUGGUCCUCUGGAUUUCCUCUAUGCUAGGCGGCCCACAAAACCAGGUCCAGAAACAGCUUAAUGGGCUCUUCAGAAGUAUAGCAUCUUUCUAUCACCCUUCAAAUAAUGGGCGCUGGCUGAUGAAGCUGAUGAAGCUUCUACAGCGUCUGCCUGCCAGUGUUGUUCGGCGGCUACAUCGGGAGCGCUAUAAGAAACCCUGCUGGAUCACUCCUGUUCCCACCAGUCACAGACUCACGGACCAGGAUGUGACAGACUUUGUGGAGAGUAUGAAGCAGCCGGUACUGAUGGCCAUGUUCAGCAAGACAGGCAGCAUGGAUGCAGCUCAGGCCUUGCAGAACCUGGCCCUGAUGAGACCAGAGCUGGUCAUCCCACCUGUGCUGGAGAAGACAUAUCCUGCUAUGGAGACACUGACAGAGCCACACCAGCUUACUGCCACUCUCAGCUGCAUGAUUGGUAUGGCCCGCAGUCUUCUCAGCGGUGGCCGACAUUACCCCGAAGGUCCCGCGCACGUCCUGCCCCUGCUAAUGAGAGCACUGCCUGGUGUUGACCCUAAUGACUUCAGCAAAUGCAUGGUGGCAAACUGUGAAAUGGUGCUGUCCCUGGUGAUGACAGCAAAUGCAUGGUGGGCAAUCUGAUUCCAUCAUUAAAUCUUUUAUUUGUUGUAGAUGGAGAGAGAGUUGUGUUCGGCUUCUGCUGAGUUUGAAGACUUUGUUCUGCAGUUUAUGGACAGGUGUUUUGCAUUGAUUGACAGCAGCACUCUGGAGCAGACACGCGAGGAGACGGAGACAGAGAAAAUGACUCAUUUAGAGAGUCUGGUGGAGCUGGGCCUUUCAUCCACCUUCAGCACCAUUCUGACACAGUGCUCCAUGGAGAUAUUCAAGGUGGCUCUCGAGAAAGUCUUCAACUUUGCCACCACCAACAUCUUUGAGACUCGUGUUGCAGGCAGGAUGGUGGCAGACAUGUGCAGAGCGGCUGCUAAGUGUCACCCUGCUGAGUCUCUCAGGCUGUUUGUACCACACUGCUGUAACGCCAUUACUCAUCUAACUGCCAAUGAAGAUGUUUCAAAUGAGGAGGAACUGGAUAAAGAACUGCUCUGGAACCUCCAGCUGCUUUCUGAGGUGACUCGUGUGGAUGGAGAAAAGCUCCUCCCGUACCGCACACAGCUGGUGCAGACUCUGCAGCUGACCCUGCGUUUGCGCUGUAAGCAGGGCUACAGUCUGGCCUGCAACCUGCUGCACCAUAUCCUGCGUUCCACAGCACUCACCUACCCCACAGACUACUGCAGUGUGCCUGGCGGCUUCAACAGACCCCUGCAAGAGUACUUGCCCAUUAAGGACUGGGGUCGUCCGGGGGACCUUUGGAACCUGGAGAUCCGGUGGCAUGUGCCCAGCUCAGAGGAGACUGCAUUUGUGUUCUAUGUUCUGGACCUGCUGCUUCAGCCAGAGCUCCAGCGUCUGCAGAGAUAUGCACAGGGAGAACAGGACAUGAGCAGAGAUGACGUUCUUCAGAGUCUGUGUGUAGUCCAGCACUGUCUGCUGGGUGCUGGCAGCAUGCUCCCCCCUCUUGAUGGACGCACAGUCACUGGCCUUGUACCCAGCAUGGUUAGUUUGGAGGAAACAAAGCUGUACAUUGGUGUUGACUACGAUGAGUCCAGAGAGAACUACCGUGAGGCCAUCUGUAAAGUAAUGAGACAAUUGCUUCAUUACAUUCUGGAACACUCAGAGGAUGACACCAAAUCCCUUUUCGCCAUUAUCAAGAUCAUCAGUGACUUGAUGCACUUCAGAGGUUCCCAUAAACAUGAGUUUGACUCUCGUUGGAAGAGCUUCACCUUGGUGAAGAAGUCGAUGGAGAACAGGCUUCAUGGGAAGAAACAGCACAUCCGAGCUCUUCUCAUUGACAGAGUUCUUCUUCAGCAUGAGAUGCGAAAGUUGCUGGUCGAGGGGUGUGAAUAUAAGACUGUUCAUCAGGACCUGUUGAGGGACCUUUUGCGUCUUUCCACCAGCACCUACAGCCAGGUCCGCAGCAAGGCCCAAAAUGUGUUGUUCACAGCUUUGGGGACCUAUAACUUCUGCUGCCGGGACAUUACUCCACGUGUCCUGGAGCUACUGGAGCCCACACGAACUGAUGUCACCCAGCAACAGUUCAAGGGGGCACUGUACUGCUUGCUUGGGAACCAUUGUGGAGUGUGCCUUGCUAACCUACAUGACUGGGAUUGCAUCGCUCAGACGUGGCCGUCCAUAGUGCGCUCAGGCCUCAGCUCAGCUAUGUCUCUAGAGAAGCCCUCCAUUGUCAGACUCUUCGAUGACCUCGCGGACAAAGUCCACCGGCAGUAUGAGACCAUCGGCAUUGAUUUCACAGUACCUGAGAGUGCAGUCUUGCUAGGCCGGCGCAUCACUGAUUCAAGCCAACCCACUCCACACAUUGGCACUCCCACAGAACAGGAGCUGAAGCAGGGACUGGCACUUCAACAAGAUAAAAACCAGGAGGCAGUGCAGAAAUAUGAAAAGCUUGUGAGAGACCUGUUGGAAUGUCUAGAUGACCGGGACCUGCCUUGGAAGUUUGAGCACAUUGCUAUUGGUUUCCUGUCUCUACUGCUAAGAGAUGACUAUCCCCUCCCGGCCCCAGCGGUGCUCUUCUUUGUACAAAGCCUCAACCAUGAUGCGCUUGUUGUUCGUAAGAUGUGGAUAUCUGUGAUGUGGGGAGUACUGAAACAGCUGAAGAGACCGCGCAAGAAAAUACCCGUUAGUCCCUGUGAUAUAAGUGGUGUAAUGGAGCCGGAGGGGCUGGUGGCAGGAGACAGGCCGGGGAAUGACUGGCUGCAGUACCAUGGUGACAGCCUGCCGAACACCCAGCAGGACUGGGACAAUUUCUGCUUUGUAGAGAAGACACACUGGGGCUACUACUGCUGGCCAAAGAAUUUGAUGGUAUAUGCCCCAGCAGCGGAGCAGCCCAAGGAUCUUUCCACUGAGAACAUGAAUGAGAGGGAGCGUGUCAUCUAUGACCAUUUCACAGAACCCAUGUUCAUCAAACAGCUCAUUGAGUUCCUGUCUCUUGAGGACCGAAAGGGCAAAGACAAGUUUAAUCCCCGUCGCUUCUGUCUCUUCAAGGGACUUUUCCGGAACUACAGUGAUGCUUUCCUGCCUGUUCUAAAGCCUCAUAUGGAGCGGCUGGCAAAUGACUCUCACGAGAGCACCCAGCGCUGUGUGGCUGAGAUCAUUGCAGGACUGGUUAGAGGCAGCAAGCACUGGAGCUUCAGCAAGGUGGAGGCAUUAUGGAAAUUCCUGAUUCCUUUGAUGCGAACAGCACUGUCCAAUAUUACUGUGGAGACCUAUGCUGACUGGGGUACCUGUGUGGCAACUGCCUGUGAGAGCCGAGAUCCACGAAAGCUUCACUGGCUUCUUGAGAUGCUGAUGGAGUGUCCUCUCAGUGGGGAAGGUGGAUCAUUUGUAGAUGCCUGCCACCUAUACGUGCUGCAAGGUGGUCUGGCACAGCAGGAGUGGAGGGUCCCAGAGCUGCUACACAGAUUGCUUAGUUACCUGGAGCCCAAACUCACUCAGGUUUAUAAGAAUGUGAGAGAGCGCAUCGGCAGUGUGCUGACAUACAUUUUCAUGAUUGACGUCACCCUGCCAUACACUCUGCCUACUAAGUCACCACACAUUGCUGAGUUUACCGAAAGGAUCUUGUCUCAGCUGAAGCCCCUGAUUGAGGGAGACGAGGAGAUCCAGAACCAUGUGGUGGAGGAGAACGGAGUGGGGGAGCAGGACGAGAGGACCCAGGCCAUCCAUCUCCUCAAAACUGUUCUGAAGUGGCUGAUGGCCAGUGCGGGGCGCUCCUUCUCUACUCCAGUACCUCAGCAACUGCAGCUGCUGCCCCUGCUCUUUAAGAUCGCUCCUGUAGAAAAUGAUGACAGCUAUGAUGAGCUGAAAAGGGACGCAAAGAUGUGCCUGUCCCUCAUGUCUCAGGGUCUCCUCUAUCCUGAGCAGAUCCCUAUGGUACUGAAGGUGCUACAUGAGAUUGCUGGUAGCAGCUCUUGGCAUGCACGAUUCUCAGUGCUAACAUACCUCCAGAUAAUGGUGUUCUAUAAUCUGUUCACCAUACUGAGCAAUGAGCAGGCUGUUCAGGACGUAAGAGCACUGGUCGUCAGGCUACUGGAGGAUGAGCAGCUGGAGGUGAGAGAGAUGGCUGCCACCACUCUCAGUGGCUUCCUGCAGUGUAACUUCUUGGCAAUGGAUGCCUCCAUGCAGACUCACUUUGAGGCUCUAUGCAAAACCAGAUUACCCAAAAAGAGGAAGAGAGGCUCUGUGGUGGACACCAUUCCUUCAGUUGAUCUGGUACGGCGUCACGCUGGAGUGCUGGGACUCAGUGCUUGCAUCUUAUCCAGCCCGUAUGAUGUCCCAACCUGGAUGCCUCAGCUCCUCAUGGACCUCAGCGCACACCUCAAUGACACACAGCCUAUUGAGAUGACCGUGAAAAAGACUCUGUCUAAUUUCCGCCGUACUCAUCACGACAACUGGCUGGAGCACAAGCAGCAGUUCACAGACGACCAGCUCGUGGUGCUCACAGACCUUCUCGUGUCACCCUGCUACUAUGCAUAGAAGGUUGCAACAAUGUUGCUGCAGGUUUUAGUAUUGUUUUGUUGUUGUUGUUUUUUUUGUUGUUUUUUCAUAUUCAAACAAAAUAUCUUAUGCAUUCAUGAGGAUGGGAUGGGAGGACACAGACGCUCAGGAUCUCAGCAUCUAUAGAAGAACCUCUCGAACACAGACCCAGGAGCCCACUAAACCAUGAGCACAUGAUGAGAGGAGGGCAGGAGGCAUGUAUAGGUACGAAGGAGAUGUGAGAUGAGUAACUUAACAACAUAGACAUAUACUCUGUACGUACUGUUUGUAUGUAUAUAUCUAGUCCAAAUUUUUGCUUUCAACUAUACUUAAUAUUUAAGGUUUACCAGUGCAGGAGCGUAUGGCCUGCAGUCUGUAAUAUUAUUGUACAGAUAGAUUAUUUUUUUCCCUCUGUAAUCCUGUGUGUUGACAUGAACUGUGUGAUGGACUGAAUGCCUAUGGAUCGCCCCAUAAAUCCAACUCCAAAGCCCCCAUGAUGCUCUCUGCUGUGAGGUUCUCAGCGAUCUGAGCAUGUGAAGAUAGUCCAACGACUCAAUCCAUUACAUUAAGAAUUUGAAAACCUGGAACUGGAAGAUUAUUCAUCUUUUAGCAUUUUGUUUUCCAUAAACAUUUUACAGCUAGCAGCAUGUGUUUCUUUGUUGAGUGGCAUAGAGAAUUUUAAUUUUUUUUUAAAUACACAGCAGCAUCUUUUCAACAUAAUCCUCCACAGUAAUCUGAUGCGGCAGGCACCUCUUUGGGAAAAAUAAAGUGUUGGCGAUGUUUGCUCGACUUGAAGAAUAUAUUCGGACUCAGCCCUUGUUAUUCAUCACAACAUGAGGACGCAAGUCUGAGGACUCUGAAGUUAUUGUGGUAUGUGUGUCUGAAGGUAGCUGUGACAUUGUCCUGUAGCUCUCUGCUCACAUGCCAUCAUAACAGCGUUUUGUGUUUGUGUAUCUAUAUGUGUAUGUAUGUAUUUAUGUACUGUACAUAUGCAUUUAUCUAUGCAUAAACGACUGACACGUCUUCUAGCGAGACCACCCAGACCGGAUCCAGUGAGUUUGUGGAAGGCGGCUUGAUACGUGUACAUUUUGGUGUGAGUGUACAUGUUUGUAGUUUGACCAAAUUGAUCACAUUUUGAUCCAUUUCUUAUUGGCAU